AUGUGCCGAGUGCAAGUAGGACUCUAUUUGUCCUUCGUGGGUCAAGCAGCAUUAGCAAGCCCUCUCAACAUUCGACAAACAUCUUGCACUGACUUAUCGACAACGAGUCCCAACUGGAAAAUCACGAAUGCAGAAUCGUCGGACUGGCCCGGUGGCGGGGGCGGUCGAGUUGAGUUCUUCGCCCAUCACAUCCCCACGAGUGAAACGACUGCUUGCGACGUGGAAUAUCGUCUGAACUCGACAGAUGGACAUGUCAUUGAUUAUGACCCCACCGCCACAUUCGAGUGUAUCAACUUCGGCACAAGCAUCUCGAACACGACGGUACAGCUCGAUAUGGACACAUUGGUACUGAGUCUGAAAAGCACUUGGACUUGCGAAGAAGGCGAGGCUGUGACUUACUCAGCCACUGGGUCGACGGCACUGCAGAGAGACACCUCUCCAGGUGCAUGUUUGGUGCAGCCAACUCAGCUUGGUGAUGCUACAACAUGCCCUAUAGCCGACAUUGAAAUAGAGGGGAAGCUUGAAGAAGAGUCGUGA